AUGCAGGAGAAACUUUCAUUAUCCUCACAACACAAGUCGAUCCAUCGACGCAAAUCAGAAGGCACAGGACUCCGGAUACCCAGAACCGACCCAGGAGUGGAUGAUUCCAUCAGUGGCCCAGGUCUUGGCCUACUUGCUCCCGUCGCCGUUGCUGGAAAAUCAAGCUCUCGGAGUGGCAAGACUGGACUUGAGACGAGCGUAGAUCAACUCAAGGUCAGCGAAGCAAGGACUCGUCGGGUAUCUGACUCUGGGCUCAGUACAUCUUCCCGCAAUUCAGGGACAGGGCUUGCGGAACGACUCUCUGGAUUUGCACAGACUGUGCGUGGCCUCAGCCGAUCGUCCUUUACUGCUGGCCAUUCGUCACCUACUAUGACCUCCAGCUCUUCUAAUUCGACACCAACAACCCCUGGACUCAUCACACCAUAUACCUCAGGACUAACAAGCUGUCACCAACAGACCAUGUCAAGCAUGGAUUCUGACAACAUGCAGUUCAACUCUUGGGACGACUUCCUCUACCAUUAUCGCCAGGGACUCUUUCCAGCAGACCGUCCCAUUCCAAGGCCACAAGUAGACACAGCCUAUCCACCCACACCACCUUAUGCAGCAACAGCCUCCCCGCUUCACUACCUGGCCCCGCCUCUUCCUUUGGACGAGGAGCGCCGCCUCCGAGCGCUUUACAGCUUCCAGAUCCUCCAAUCAGGAAUUGAUCCCAACUUUGAGCGAAUUGUCCAGCUGGUGGCAAUGGUGAUGGGGGUCAAGGGCUGCAUGAUCACCCUGGUGGAUCACAAGGAACUCACAGUCAAAGCCCAGCAUCCGCCUACAGGAUUCGAUUGCUUUCCGAGAGAGGGCUCACUCUGCGGACACACUAUCUUGCGGGCGGCGGAUGACCCUUUCGUUGUUCUUGACACCAAGAGUGACUGGAGGUUUCAGAAUCUCGAGGCAGUGAAUGCGGAUCCAUAUGCCCGAUUCUACGCUGGUGCACCUCUGACGACAUCAGAAGGACUGAAUGUUGGAUCUCUCUGUUUGGUCGAUGACGAACCAAGGAGUUCCUUCGCGGAGAAGGAAAAGAUGAUGCUGAUCGACUUCGCGGCCGUGGUUAUGAGAGAAAUGGAGUUGUGGAACGACCAGGUCCAGCUUUGUAUCAGGAACCGCAUGAUGAGGGACGUGACACGCUGGGUACGAGGCUGUCUUGACUUUUGUGCGCCGGACUCGCCAGUAGGAGACGACCCAGCGGCGGAGGACACGCGGUUGAGAGGUGCCCACCCCUUGGAUUCACUUCAAUCGCCUCUGCCAACGGCCUUCGAUCAUUCGGCGUCAUCUUCGGGAACUCUCAACAUGACAGAUGGGCCAGCCUUGAUCUCGCCUCCCAUCGACCCAGUCUUCCCAACACCUUCAGGAUCACCCACAUUAUUGUCGCGCGCCCUUGGCGCAACGACCAAGAGCGCCCCUCAAGCAACACCAACAACCAGAGGCAAUCCUCUCCAGGAUCGAGCAUUCCCUGCCGCAUGUAUCCUUAUUCAAGCGACUCUGAACGUCGAUGCUGUUUACCUUGUGCAAGCAUCUUCCGACCAGUCGGUCAUCCCACCUUCAGGAUCGUCUGUUGUAUGGAACUAUCUAGAUGCCGCAGGACGCAGAAAAGGAUCUGUCGGCAUUGUGAAAGGAGGACAGUCAUUGAGCGACGCACCCAAUACGGCGCUGGUCUGUCUGGCGUCCUCUCAAAAGAACACCGACAUCUUUUCGCACCCAGUUCUUGACGAGAAGGUGCAGCACACCAAGAGACAGGGAUCCGCCUGGGUCUGCACAGAUGAAGGAUGCCGGCCACAUCGUCUUGGAGACUCCUUGCUGAAUGCGAUUGAGCCCGUGUGGGAGCGAGACAUGCCCGUCAUCAAGGAGAUGCUGGGAUAUGUUCGACAGGAAACUCCUGCCCCACCCCAGAUGCCUGACCAAAACCGACUGUUCAGCUACUCUCAAGGUCAGGAUGCAAUCGAGAACGAUUGGUUUGGGGCCUCCACCAGCAUUCCAUCGUUGAUCAAGGAUUCCAAUCGCCGAAGGCUUCUUUGCCACACAUUCCAAGGAACGAUCCCCCGGCUUUCUUCUGCGUCAGGCACGCCUUACCAGUCUUGUGUGGUAGUACCCAUCCUAGGACCUAAUAUGGCCCACACUCAAUCAUCGACCGACGACGAACCCUGGGCGUACUUCGUCAUCCUCUCCGCCUCUCACACCAAGCAGUUUUCUUUCCACGAGCGAAUCUAUCUUAAGAACUUCGGAUCCUGUAUGGUCACUGAGGUCAUGAAACGCCGAGUGGAAGCAGCUGACAGGGCCAAAGGCACUUUUAUCAAAAGUAUUUCCCACGAGCUUCGCACUCCGCUUCACAUUAUCCUUGGCAUCCUCGAACUGUUGUACGCCAAUCCAGAGGAACCGUUGAGCGAAACUCAGCUGGCGAUGGUCUACUCAGCAGAAGCCUCUGGAAAGAGUUUGAUUGACACCAUCAAUAAUAUCAUCGAUCUCGCCAAUUUGGACCCUGACAACAACACGGAUAGUCAAACUAUUCAUGGCAACCGAUCGGCGACACCUUCACCCGAAAGUGACGAGCCUGCCAUGGAGGAGAUUGACAUUCGCGAGCUAUGUGAGAAAGUUGCAGAGUCCAUGGCCAAGGCUUGCACCGACAAGAACCUCGUUGUGAUCCCCUCUUGGACCAAACCCUCGCUCUCGUCCUUGACAGGUUCGGCUCCCAACUCUGCGCCCAACUCUGCAUCAGGCAUCACGUUGAUGAGAAACAACUCGAUCCCAACCAGCGGGAGGAGCAACCCAAUCACCGAUGAUGCCGUCAACGGAUCGACAUCACCUGCCGAGGCACAUGGUGGCUUCUCCUCCAGGAAGCUCCGCUCCGACCGCAAACCCGUUCUAGAACUCAUGGUGGCAAUGGACGAGCCAGAGAGGGAUCCUGAUCACGACACCCUCUGGAGCUUUGCCCUGGACAUCAAAACCAUCACCCGGAUCCUCACACAGCUUGUGGAAAACGCUAUCAAAUUCACCGCUACCGGAUUCGUGGAGCUGUCCGCCGUUACCUUGACUAACAGCCCCAUCCCCAUGAAACCGCCACACCCAGACGCCCGAGCGAUCCUCUUCACUGUCCGUGACACAGGCAAGGGCAUCUCUGCAGACUUUGUUCAAUCCCACCUCUUCAAGCGAUUCUCCCAGGAAGACCCACUUCAAGUUGGAACAGGGCUCGGAAUGGCGCUUGUUAAAGAGCUGGUCAAGAAACUCGGUGGAUGGAUGGAAGUUUGGAGUGAAGGUAUCGAGGGCAAGGGAUGUGUCGUCAAGGUUCUUUUCUGGGCCAGCCCAGCAUCUCACCCCACAAAGUCGUUGAAGGAUAUGGAUGGUCCUUGGCAGAACAUGUCCUGCAGGUUCUAUGCUGGGGAGUCUGCUCUUGGAUCGGACCGCCUCAUCAAGAUCAUGGGAGAGCGUAUGAUGGGCCAGCAGCUUGCCAUGAAGGUCGAGAGAGGCAAUGAGCAGGACAUGAGCGCCGAGGACAUGUUCAAGAAUCUUUCGGACGGGUCUCAGUGUAACCUUCUGGUGAUCAAUGACGAUCUUAUUCGACUCCGCGCCUACCUCACCUACUGGUCCGACAAGCAAGCAGCGACCACUGAAGAGGGAGAAGCGAUCCCCGAGACGCCCACGCCUCUUUUGAUGCUCACAGCACCCUACAACCUCAAGAGCGUACAGAAGCUAGUCGAUGAAUACCUAGAGGUCCAAGCCGAAUCGGAUGGAGUAAUUCGUCCUGCAUCGGUUGUGAUCCUGAACAAGCCCGUCGGGCCACUCAAAUUGGUGCAGUCCCUGCGCGAUUGCUUCACUCCCGCAUUCUCGAGCCCUGGAUUGGCAACCCCCCAAGGAUCGCCUCAGCUCUCGCCUCGAACUGGCCUGGCUCGAGUCCCACCCAUGCCGAUGAUCCGAUCAGCUACUGUGCCCCAUAUCACGACUACGACCCUUGGCGUCAACGACAGCCGGCUUUUAUCGGCCGGCAGCAUGAUCAAACAGUCCUUUGUCUUCCCAAUCAUGCCGCAUGACCGACAGUCGAUGACCUUUAUCCCACCUCAUUCUCCUGGAGGACUUGUCAUUCCCCCACGCGCCCAGUCGGUUGAUCCUAGCCCCGCGACGACACCUGAGCGAGAGUCGUGCCCUAACCACCAAUCUUCCAGCUCUUCCAGCAGUUUGGAGGACAUUUCUCGCGACAUCACUGCAAUGGAGUGCGCCAACUUGGCAGCCUUCCGAGCCAACAUUGAGGCCAGUGCGCCAAAGAUUCCAUCGAUCAGGAACUACCACAUCCGGAGGCAACUUCAAUUGGACAGAGCCCCCGCGGUUGGUCCAACUAUCGACACCAGCUGCUCCGACCGUCCCUUGCCCAGAGUGUUGAUCGUCGAAGACAACAUUACCAACCGAAUGAUUCUGAGGAUGUUUUUGAAGAAGCGUGGCAUUGGCGUUGUCGAGGCCGAGAAUGGCCUGCUGGGUGUUGAGCGAUUCCAGGAGGAAGUCUGGCGCAGAGAUGGAAAGGCUGGAUUUGAGUUCGUGCUGAUGGAUUUGCAGAUGCCAGUCAUGGAUGGCAACAUGGCGACAAAGAAGAUUCGCGAAUUUGAACAGGGUCUUGUGAGGCAAGGGCAGCUCAACGUGAAUGGAGCAAGCACUCUCCGGACGGGACAGCCUAAUACUGAUCAGGAGGGGGCGUACCGUCGGACCACGAUCUUUGCGCUGACAGGACUUGCUGCAGACGAGGACAAACGCCUGGCGUUUGAGUGCGGAGUCGACGGCUACUUGACCAAGCCCGUUAGUCUCAAGAUAUUGGGAGAACUGUUGGAGACCAACCCCAUCGAUUUGAAGAUUCCCGCGUAA